AUGACUGACAGAAUCUUUCGGAUUUUUAAUCCUGGGGAGCCCAAGGAAAAUCCAGUAGAGAGACGUCGAGCGCAAUUACGACGUGCUCAACAAUCCUACCGUGGUCGGAAGGAUAAGUACGCGAGGACGUUGGAAGAAGAAUUAGCCAAGUCUCGAGCGAGGGAAGCGGAACUAGCACGUGAGUGCGAGCAACUCCGUGCAGGUCUUCAAAAUGCCCUUCAGCAACUAUCUCAAGGUCCCAAUUCUACCGAUACUGGAUUCAGAGAGAUCAACUACCCGAUCAAUGACUAUGCUACUCCAUCCAGAACUACAGGGUCGUCGAGCGGCGCUUCGCCGAUGUACCUGGGCGAUCCGGGCUACCAAUCAGUGGACAUAAUACCUUCUCCACAACUGAUAUCACCGUCCUCGUUUGGUGACUUCUCUGACCCAUCCGAGGGCCAUGGGGCUCCCGUCUUGUUCAAUCAAGGGUACUCAAGCCAUUCGCGCGUGGGUGAAGUGGAUCAGAUCGUUGCAGGCAUGGAGUUUGUCUUGAAAAUUGAAGAACCUUGCUUGGGUCAUCUGCACGGAGACUCCAAGAAACCUGACGAGCCUGGCAAUCAUGCUCUCACUGCGACGGCUCAGCUCAUGGCAGCCUGUGGCGACACAUCACAUACAAACAACCCCCGUCUCCCUUCAUCCCCCGCCUUUGGAAAUACUCCAUCGACCAUGCUAGAGCGACUGUUGACACUGGCGCCUGACCUGUCGAAUGAGGAUGAGAUGACGCCAAUCCAGGCCUGGAAUAACAUCCGGUGUCGGCCAAACUUUGGUGGGUUCAGUACAAGCAGCUUGGGUAGCCUUGCGGCGAAAUUAAUGAAGGCUGCAAAAUGUCACGGGUAA